GGGAAACAAGUGGGGGUAAAUCAUCACAGUCACAUCGCCACUCACCCUCACCAACUGCUCAGCUAUUUUACUUCUCCUGCCUGUUACCAAAUCCUGGUUACUGACUUGCACCAACCAUGACGACAAAUUACGCUGACCUUCGCAAAGUAAUGACAGGGGAAAUCAUUGUAAAGUGCAAAUGUGGCGAUGAAAUAAGGCGAAUUCCCAUCAACCAAACGCCUACUUACGACGAACUGUGUAUCAUGAUGUACAGGCUCUUUGCACAUAAAAUUUCAAACAUCGAAAACAUCAUAUUGCGAUACACCGAUGAAGACGGUGAUCUCAUUGUUCUUUCUGAUGAUAUGGACAUUGUCCACGCCAUUUCUCAGCGAAAUGUGUUGAAAGUUACAGUUUUUGAUAAGGAGAGGCAUCCGUUACCUCGCGAUUCAUGGGAUGAAAAAUCACAGUCUGUCUCACAAGCCACUCUCGGUAACCUAGAAAGAGACUUGUUAUCCAUGCGAGAAACAAUAAAUGAUCUCUUGCAAAGAUUGGGAGAAAAAAAGCCAUCAGAGGAAAAACAAGACCAUCGUGAUGCCGACGAUGACAAGCCGUCAUAUAAGCAACUUUCAACAACGGAUAUGGAGGAAUCGCAAAUGAAGCGGAAAGACACUUAUAGCACUCCACCUGACGUUACCUCACCAAAGAAAUUGUCUCCUUCUGUUCAAAGGCAAAGCGUGUAUUCCUAUCCGCAGGCUGUUGCAUCUGCACCAGCGAAGGCGCCAUCAAUUGCAAACAAUCAACAGUACUACUCGCCAUAUCAACAGCCACAACAACAAGCUUCAGCAGUGCCGUCAUACCAGCAGCAACAGCAGCCCCAACAGCAGCCGCAACAACAGCAAGCACCGCACCAAACUGCCAAGCCCCCUCCACAACCUGCUUAUGCAGCACCUCAAGCAUAUAGGCCAUCACCGAAUUACAAUAAUGCCGUAUCUACACCUCCAUAUGGACAGCCUCCCCAUCAGCAUCCUGUGCAAGGAGUAGAACCCCAUUAUCAACAAGCCAGACCCCCGCAACCGCAAAGUAAUCAUUUGCAAAAUCCGCCUACCAAUCCUAACUAUUCCCAGCCACAGGCUACAGGGCCAUCAUAUUCAUAUCCUGACAAUAACCGUUGGAGAUGACCAUCUGCCUCUGCAAGAACACCAAAUUGACCAAUGACACUACGAAACGAAUUGUUUUUAUGACCUAGCUUAUAGCUGUGUCAAAAUUUCAGCUUUAAAUACCAAUUCACUGUGGCCAA